AUGCCGGGCAAAAAAUGGACCACUCCAGAGCAGGAGGAAUAUCUUUUGAGCUUCAUGUCCAAAUUCCGUGAGAGUGCCACAGACAAGAAUUUCGAUGAAUUUUUCACGAGCAUAUGGGCUCUAUGGUUCGAAAAGUGGCUUGAGGAACAAGUCGUCUUCAAAGACAUGCCAGCUGACCAUGUUCUCACCCCGGACGAAACCAAGGCUCUUGCGAAGGCAGUUGAGGUGCGUCAGCAGCAACUUGUCACUUGGGGUGUGCUGAAAUUUGAUGCCAUAUUGGGUGGAGGCGUGGAACUCAAAGGCACACGCGCCCCACAAAAGAUCGAUAUUUACUCACAUAAAUUCUAUGAAGCAAAGGUCAAGCAUACUGCAGACGCUGCAAUUGCAACAGAGAACAUUACUAGCAGAGGCCCCAAGCUGAACAAGCGCCGUGAGAUCACACGGCAUAUGUACUCAGAGGAAAGUGAAUCCGUCAAAGCCGAUAUUGACAGGAAGUAUCAGAAGGCCAAAGCAAGAUUCCGAAAAAAGCGUCAGAAUUUGAAGUCUGGGAAGACACCGAAAAUUGAUGACAAGACGAAAGUCAAGGCAAUCCGUGAGCUGGGCCCAAUGCUCGACCGCAUCCUCAAGUAUCUCGCCCAUAUUACAGGUGGCUGGAAGUUUACCAUUCUCAUGGGAGGUCGCGAUCCUACAACAGGAGAAGCAUCAGUGUUCAAUUACCACAUUGGUGAACUUCAAAGCGGCGCCCAGUCCAAUCAUGCUUACAAAGAUUUUGAUGCAAUGCAAGCUGCCUUUCUAGCGUUUGUGCCAAACGCUCUCGUAUUUGAAUCUACCCUACCUCAUGAAUCGGCAAGUGAUGAAGAUGAAGAGUCCUUGUCAGACUUGGACAGCAACAAAGCCAAUGAGUGGGAAAAGAGCGCUGGGGAGGGUAGUAUGAGUCGAGUCGAGGAUCUCCUGGUACCCGGCCUUAAUACAAGCGACCUGUAUCGAAUGACUCCCCAAGCCGAUGAGCAUUUUGGAGAUAAUGUGAGCAGCUCACAUACUCCAUUGGAUACUGCUGAUGCAUCGAGUGGGCUAGUCAGCAUGACUGGAGCAAGCGAUCAUUUAUCACUUGCUGCAGAGUUGCGUCGUGAUUCUCACUCUGCGGCCGCAUGGGACCCCAUCGUAGCGGGGACCGCUGAUUUCUCAGCCUUCGAUCCCCAUGCUUUCACCACCGUGGGAGGUGGGAUACCUGACUGUGAUCGCCCACAUCAAGAGAUAGAGGUUCUUCUUCCUGCCAUCUCGUCCAUGCAUAGCGAGGAAGGAGAGAAUAACCACGAAGGUGAUUCGCUUGCUAACCAACUGGAGGUCCAUCCUCGCCGUGGGGUGCAUAGACGGCAUGUUGAAAACCCCCCAGCUCCUACCUUAUCUAUGGGUCCAUCUACAAUACUAGACCCUCCAGCAGCACAUGUGCCUCGUCUCCGCGUCUGUAACAAUGUUCCAUUCAAUCCCUGA